AUGCUGUCUGAGUUAAAUGACAUUCGUCGAAUUGCUGAAGACGAUUUCCAAGUCAUGGAAUCUUCUGUUAGUAAAAAGUUAGCCCCCAUGGAAGUCGUAGAUAAUAAAGAGAGUCUAAGCCUCAGUGCCGAUUUUGACAAUUUGUACUAUGAACUUGCUGCCUUUGCUGAUGUGUAUCAUAUUUCAUUAUCUCCCGGCAUGGAUACAUCCUCAGCUCAGUUAUCAGCUAACCAAACAACAGGCUCCAGUAAUUUGUCACAUUACAAACUGCCCAAACGGAGCUUUCCUACGUUUUCUGGAGUGCUUAUUGAAUGGCAAGGUUUCGAAGAUCUCUUUAAAUCAAUUUUGUCCCACGCUCCUGAUCUUCCCGAUGUUGAGCGAUUUGAAAUAUUAAAGACCUCUCUGCAAGGUGAAGCUCUAUCGUUGGUUUCACAUCUCCCUUUGACGUCCGCAAACUAUAACAAAGCUUGGGAAGUGUUGCGUGCUCGUUAUGGGAACAAGCGUGAUUUGGCUCGAAUUCAUCUGGACGCCCUCCUAGCACCCUACACAGUCAAUUGUAACGACGCGGCUUCCAUAAAAACUCUUCUCACGACCAUUCUUGAACACACUGUGGCCCUAGAUAAUUUAGAUUUUGUUACUCGCCAAUGGAGUCCGAUUCUUGUUCAUAUCUUUGAAAAUCAUCUAGAUUAUGAUUUUCGCUCUCGUUGGGAACUCACUGUUGGAGAUCGCCAUCAACCGGCCACGAGUCACUUUGUAGAAUUUUUAAGGAGCCAUGUUCGGUCAGCCGAAGCUCGUGCAGGAAAUUAUUCAACGACUUUACAAUCUAGUACUUCCCAACCAAAACAGUCAAAAAAGGUAUAUACUACACACUCUCGUCCCACUUAUGGACCAAAAGUGUUGACCGCCAGUGCGGCGUUAUUCACUGAAUCAGGUCAUCGGUCGCCUGCUAUCUAA